AUGAAUUUCGGCAUCCCUAGCCCAUCGGUGAGCCCCGAGCCUCCCGACGAAGUCGAGGUUCAGGAUACAUUUCAGCAAAUCCGGAGAGACAGAAAGCGCUUGGCAGCUUUCAUGGACCUUGAGAAAGAAAUGCAACGACAUGUCUUCACUCAUCUAUGGGAGGAAUACUCCCGUCUGCGUGAGGUCGAAAAGACCUACGAUACGUACCGCCGCUGGUGUCCUGCCGCCGACCGGGAUCUCUACACCAGUACAACAGGACUGGAAGAAUCAGAUGGUAACAACAGUGAAGAAGGCGGUGGCAACUCCAACCUAUACUAUCGAGAGAGAUGGAAUUAUCGCGACCAGGGCGCCAGGUAUGCAGAAAGCUCAGGGGAGCCCAGCUCGAAAGCGUACCUUUUGCCUGUGCCGCGACUCGGAGGCACGAGAUUCAAAGGCGCAGGAUUCAGAGGCACAGGACUCAGAGGCGGUGGUGGGGACGUGGUUUGGAGUCAAACCCAUCUCUCCAUGGCCGUGCGGUCUGGGUCUGGGUCUGGGUCCGAGUCUGAGUGUGACUCUGAGAGGUGCGUUGAAUUGUGCGAUUGUGCUAUAACGGCGAGCCAAGGCAUGUGCAUCUGUGUCUCAUCUCCAGAAAAACCCAAGGGCCCAAGGUUCGGGCAGGCUAUUUCUUCGCAGCUGCUGCUCUACCGGUUGAAUACCGUAUUUGGUAUGCCGCCGAAGAAUCCAUUUACCGGAUACAAGACAUCUUGGUCGGUGGAACUGGAACUCUGCACAGACCCCUACACCGUGCUGCUGCUGGAGGAUUAUAGGGGAGGACCGAUUGUACGCUUCGAAGGGUCGGAACAAGGAAGUGAGUCCGCAAUAGAGCUCCUGAACUGGCUGAUCAGCAACAAUGUGAAACAUGACUAUGACGGUAUUUUGGCGGGAACGGUGCCAGACCAGUCUCUCCAGGCUCAACUGGAUCGUCGGAGGGUUCCGAGGGCUUCUCGAACUAGAGUCACAGCUGUGACUAAGGACCCGUGGGCAUUGGGUGCAGCCAUGGGAAAUGGUGAAUGA